ACGAGUCGUUCACGAAUCGGGCAUCGCAAUCAGCGUCGUGUAACGGGAUCUGGGAACCGGCAGGGCGAUGCCUCGGACCGUACACCGAAACAAAACGAAGCAGAACACGGAAAACGACUGUCCUGCGUCGUGCCGUGUUUAGUUCGGUGACAGAAAGCGAGCGCGGACGGACGGCGGUCCGGUGACGUCAAAGGAGCGUCUGUCCUCGCAUUGUCUGUAAUGCUGCUCAUUUUCAUCACACUGACCUGUGUUUAAACGCGUCCACGUGACUUCUGUGUUCUCCGCGGUCGCUUGCUACAUUUAAAUCUUUGAUCAAAGAUGAAAGGCUGUUUGUUUGUCAUCUAGCACGGCUGGUUUCUGUGUAAAACAGAUGGGAGUGAGUCCGGCGUUACUGUAAGCAUCAGCUGUAAUCAGAGUCUUCUUAACCUCUGACUUUAUAAUGGGAUUCCUGCUCUGAACAACAAAAGGUUUCAUAUUUGUAUUUGAAUCACAUACUGUCUGAACUAGUAUGCUGGUUGAUAUAUGUUGACAGAGUUUUGGCUGGGGGUCAGAUUGUGUUCGGACACCCCAGCCAUCCCGCUGAGGGCCGUCGCCGUGGACCCAGAGGUCAGAAGGUUUCCAGGGGCCCACGGCAAUUUCUAAACUGUGCUUUUAAGAAGGUCCUAGCCACGGCCGGAUUGUGAGCCGCUGUGGCGUCCAUGCCGGUGUCCUGCUGCGGGACGGUCCAUCACGGCUCCUCUCCGAGGAGAAUCAUCCACAAGAAGCCGGGAAUCAGGACUUGUCUGAGUCAGCCGUGCCCUUCCGUCGGGCUGAAAAUGCUGCGGACCGCUUUCAGUUUGGAGGGAGUCGAGGAGCGGGACGAGGAGCAGGAGGACGAAGGAGAAGAUCUGCGGGAUGGAGGGAUCCCGUUCAUUAUUAACAGGGGUGGUCUGCCCGUAAACGAGGAGACCUGGGAGCAGAUGUGGCGGCACGUCGCCCGCAUCCACCCGGAUGGAGAAGCGGUGGCCAAACGGAUACGGGGAACCAGCGACCUCCCCAAGAUUCCAGUACCAAGUGUGCCUACAUUCCAGCCCAACAGCAGUAUUCCCCAGCGCCUGGAAGCCAUACAGAAAUACAUCAGGGACUUGCAAUACAAUCACACUGGAACACAGUUUUUUGAGAUCAAGAAGAGCAGGCCGCUCACAGCAUUGAUGGACAUUGCUAAGGAAAUGACAAGAGAAUCUCUACCAAUCAAAUGUUUGGAAGCCGUUAUCCUCGGAAUUUACCUCACCAACAGCAUGCCGACCGUCGAGCGGUUUCCACUCAGCUUUAAAACGCAGUUCUCAGGGAGUCACUUCCGUCACAUUGUGCUAGGCGUCCACAGCGGCGGCCGCUUCGGUGCUCUGGGCAUCAGCCGCCGCGAGGACCUCAUGUACAAACCGCUGGAGUACAAAACGCUCACCGACCUCCUGCAGGAGUUCCAGGUGGCCUAUCGGAGAUACUGGCACACGCUGUGCAAGGUCAAGAUCGGUCAUUACGUGUCGCACGACCCUCACAGCGUGGAGCAGAUCGAGUGGAAGCAUUCGGUGCUGGACGUGGACAAACUAUCCAAAGAAGAGCUGAGGAAAGAGUUAGAGAGACACACUCGGGACAUGAGGUUGAAGAUUGGUAAAGCUGCUCCUUCAUCACCAUCUAAAGACAGGAAAAAGGAUAUGGGAUCUCCUCUGAGGAACCCAGGCAGCCCGAUGCGCAAGAACAGCCAAAGCGACAGACGGUCGUCAGCGGAGAAGCGGUCCGGGUCGGCGGGAUCUGCGGCUGAUGUGAACGGAUACCAGAUCAGGGUGUGAGAGAUUCACGAGACAAAGACUGAAACACAGCUGUGUGUUCACUUGGAAACGUACAGUAUUGUGCUACACAGGGAAUGUGCUCACUUAUAAGGGUAGACAUGAACACCUCCUCAAAUCACUCAUUUAGUAGAAUAUCCACUUCAUAAACAACGCAUCAUAUUUAUAUUCAUUUCAAUUAUGCCUCAGCUGUUCAUUGUGCUGUGGGCAAUUUUUCAUAUUUAAUCUGUAAAUACGGUGCAAGUUAACCUUUAACUGUACUAGUCACUGAUGUAGAGGAUAGUCUGUAGUCCAUUUAUCGUGCCUUUGAUCAGUUUUUGCGCUGAAGGAAUGAUUUUGUCGCUCAGUAUUUUUGCCUUGUUUUCCAGUACAAUCUAAAUAUGUCCAAAUCAAGAUACUUUUGUCUUAGAAGCAAAACAACUUAAUUGAGUCUUAUUUUCUGAAAAAUAUAUCAAAAUGAAGCAAUUUUUGCUCAAAACAAGAAAAGAGUCAAUGAUGUUUAUUUUCCAUGUCUUAGUAAAAACUUAAUUCUGAUACGUUUUUCAAAAAUCAAGCCUCUGUAUCCUCAUUUUGCUUUUUAAGGACAUGUAGAUUAUAUUAAUGGAAAACAAAAAAAGUAAGAAAGAAAGAUAAGUAUUUUUUUUUUU